AAAUUAGCAAAAUUUUAAAGUUAGAAACUUAAAAAAUGCCAAAAGAAAUUGAUUUUAAUAAAUUUGCUGGCAGUAUUGGAAAUAAUCAACCUGUUCGAAACAUUAAAUUAAUUUGGAAAAAGGAGCGACCUUUCGUGUAUCCGUUUCCGCGUGAUGGAAGCUUACCUGCCGUGACGUCAUCAGUAUUACGUAGCAACUACAUGUCACAAUUCAUAUUGAAGGGGAAGUCCCGAAGAAAGAACCGACCUACGUCAUCAGGGCGACGUCACAAUCCUCAAUCUAAGAAGGCGUUCCAUUUGCUUCGAAUUUACAAUGAGCCAGUCUGUGACGUCACAACCACGAAGACGGCGAACCAAUGUUAUUCCAAGUAUGACAUCAUUAACUGCAAUAUGACGCAACAACCCACCCCCCUUUCCACGAGCGGAUCGGCUUUCAAAUACCCGAACUUGCUUCCGAAAGUUGCCGAACGUUUCCGAAACCAAUCGGCUUUAAAACCUGCUGUCAAUAUUAUUCCAAAUGUAACGACAGAUGAUGACGUCACAAUACUCCUUCCCGCGUGCCAGGGUAAAGAAGUCAAUUUUAUGACGUCACAAGCGUGGAAAAUGAACCCGCGGAAACGAAAAUUCUUCCCAUUGUCCACGAACCAUAAUUGGACGACCCCACAAGGAUGCGAUAUUGAGACCAAAGACAUCAUGACAACGACGACUAUGACGUCAUACAAGCCAUUGUUACCACUGCGACGAAACCGCGCGUCAAGGUUCAGCAGAAUCCUCGAUUCGUCCAUUAUGUAGUGACUGUGAUGUCAUAAUCAACUUAAAUAUAUUGAUGACGUCACAAUC